AUGGUAAGAACUAUAUUAGUAGACGAUGCGUUACUUCAAUACCUCCACACCGUAGCGAACGACAACAUUUACGCCGUAGGAUUAAUUUUAGGACAGUCGUGUUUAAGCAAAGACUACGUCGUACACUUCGCCAAAACGCCUCCUUAUCAAUCGCAGGACGAUAAAAAAUCGCAGAAAACCCCAAACAAACCAAACAGCUUGGAAGAUUUCAACGAAGGGUGGCUGGCCGACCACGCGCGCCAGGCCACCCGGAUGCUACCCGGAGGCAUGUAUGUACUCGGCAUAUUCGUCGUAUCCCCCGAAGACGUAUUCUCUCCGUUCAACACCAAAAUCAAAUCAUUAUUACAUUCCGUGUACUCCACGUUGAACGACAACGAGUACUUGUUCGGCAGCCCGAGCACUGAUAAACUGAUAGUACAUCAAUCGUCGAAAACCCAACGAUAUUCCAGCAGAAGCUACGAUGUAUUAAGUCGCAACGUGCAAAACGUAGAGCUCAAAACGUCCCCGAAGAAAUGGAUAAGUAUCCGAUGCGAUUUCGAGAUAAACGAGCUGCGAUUCCUGUCGAAGAACCAAUCCGAUUGGCCGUUGGAGAAGCAUAUGAAGGCCAUUUUGAACGACAUAUCCAACGUACUCGAUUCCGCUACGUUCCUCUACGAUGGCGAAUACAAAGAUAAAGACAGCACUUUGGAGAAUGUGAGCAAAAAGAAAGGAAAGAGCAGAUCCGAUAAGAAUGUAGCCGAAUCCGGUGAUGCUUCGAAACCCUGGCAAGUUUCCGUAUUGCAAAACACUAGUUCGAGUGCUGCUUUGUUUUCCGAAGACAGCGUAUCAGAUUGUGAAGGGAACUUCAGGUUGAUCGGAAAAGUGGUUUCGAACUUGUGGAUGCAACCUAAAAUGACAGUAUCGGAAAUCUCUACGGCCGUUAAAGAAGACAUUCUGAGGAGUUUAUUUUCGAGAUUAGAGUUGCAUUGGGAUUCGUUGAUCGAAGGAGAGAAUUCCGAAGAUAUAAGCAGCGUUCACGAGCCGCCUAGAAGGGUGUUGAUACCUCUACCGGACAGCGAAAUAGCCCUUUCAGAUUAUUUGUUUCCGGGCGAAGGAUCCCAAGAGACUAAAGUAUCGUUAGAGGAGUUAUUGGAUAUUAAAAUUAAAGGGAGAUUGAAUAUAAACGAUGUGGAAGGUCAAGCCGAUAUUGAAGAUUACUACAAAGGUGCAUCGGUUAGCGAUAAUGAGGAAAUUUCGUUAAAAAUAACAACAUACUCUAAUUAUUCGAUGUACGUAAUAGGAUUGAUCGUAUCGCUCGUCGUUCUCGUUACAGCCGUUCUGUUUAAAUUUUUUAUGUAA